CCUGCAGUUCAACUUUCGAAUAAAUGCCUCUUUAAAAAGUGUUGCAUGCAAUUCAGGAAGAAAAUUAACUUAUUCAGAGAUGUGUAAGCUGUGAGCACAAAUUGUCGUAAGACAAUUUCAGUCUACAGCAGAGAGUGUAAAAGGGGGAUCGGUCCUCCAUAAGAAAGAGAACAGGGUUGGCGAUGAAGGAUCCGCCCUGCGUUGCGCCAACGUGAUUUCGAUGUUGCCGUUUUCUCAUUUUUUCUCGUGCGUUACAGGCGUGCUGCAGACUGUUGGCACUGUGUGUGACUGUCGCGCUGCCAUUCGGAUAUUUGAAUUGGAUUUUUAAGUCGGAAAAUUUAUAGGAUAUAGGCUCGGGUAAAUAACAAAUAAAACCACAGUCGACUGUUAUUGUAUAAUUUAGUCAUAUUAGAAACUGCAUUCUCAGUUUGGACCCAGAACUAUGGCUAAAUAUCCAGCAUGGUCUCUUCUGGCAAUCUUUUCUCUCCUGACUGUGAAAGUUUUGUCCAAUGACUUUGAUCUCACAGACGCCUUGGGUGCGCCUACGAAUCCACCGGCUCCCAAACCCGAACCUGAGCCAGCGGAAGUGACUGGAGGAGAUUCUAACCUUGAUCAGGAUGACAAACCCCCAACCAAACAACCGGAACAGGUCAUCACUACCGCCACUGCCACCAAAGCACCCGUGAAAAUCCAACCUAAGACUGCUAAUCAGGAAGAUCUGACCCAGAAAGAUAUCUUUGCGGCCACGGUCCGACCGGUCUUACUGCCCCGUUCCACAACCAGAGCGCCCAGAACCACACGCCCACCUCCCAGGCUCCAACCGGCACCUGAUGACUUUGAUCUAAGUGAUGCUCUGGAUCCAAAAAAUGAUAUUGGAGGAAAGGACAAAAACAGCAAAGGAGAUAAAGGCUUUGGAAGCGGGGGCAGGGGCGACGGGAGACCAAACAACAGAGGAGGCAACAGUGAUGGGAAGUUCUCAGAUGACGAUCUCUUUGACACAGGGAAAGAUAAUGGCUACAGUCCUGACAAGGGCAAAGGAGAACGGGAGGGAGGAACAAGCCCGCAGGACAACAAUAACUAUGACACCAUGGCAGAAACAGGCACCAUUGCUGGCAUUGUCAGUGCCGUGGCCAUGGCACUGGUGGGUGCCGUCAGCAGCUACAUCUCCUACCAGAAGAAGAAACUGUGCUUCAGCAUACAGCAGGGUCUGAAUGCGGAAGUCACCAAGGGAGAGAAUCCAGAGGCUGUUGUGUCCCAGGAGCCACAAGCCCAGCAGACCCUCCUGCAGUCCCCUAAUGCAGAAACCCCGAACAACGAAAACACUCUCUAAGCCCCCAACCCCCAACCUCCCCUUCCACCCCCUCAACCCCCCCCCCCCCCAAUGAAGAGGGCAGGAUACCAUUGCAUCGUCCCACAGGGCAGACGUCGGCACCCCCACCCCUUUGCACUACAAAGCACACCGUGAAGACCCAGCUGCCCUACCCCAUAAUGAACUGUGCACAUCAACAUAUUUGACUGUUUAACAAAAAUAAUAGACUUGUUUACAAUUUCAGAAGGACGUGCCAGAAUGAAGGUUGUAAUUUAUUCUGCUUUGGGUUGGGAAGUUAUGUAUCUUUCCUGUGGGUGCUGUGGGAUGUGUCCAGAUCCUCCCGUUUUCCCAAAUUUCCCCCCAUUUUGGUGUGAUAAUCAAACAGGGUCUGUAGAGGCUGAUUGUUAAUUGCAGUACCCAGCGGAUUGACACUCAUGAGGGCAGGGCUCUGAGCAUCAUUUCCAUGUGCAGUUAUACUACAAGCGGGAGCUUUGGUUUAUGUGACUGCUCAUGGAAUUGCAGUUAGGGUGGAGUUCGAGUUCAAGCCCUCUCCAAAUUCCAGCUCAUCCAUCCUUUGGUAAACAUAUUUCCCCCCUACAAAUCGAGUCCCAAGUGUUCAGGCUCUUUUAUUUAGCUUAGCAUGAGGAUAGCUCAGGGCUCCUUGGUAAGUUGGGCCGGUUUUACUUGCAUUUAAUUGGGCUACUUCUGCAGUUUUAUUUGGAAUUCCAUUAGCCUGCAAGGAUGAUUCUUUUUUUCUUGAAAGGCAUUGUGAUUGGUAUGCUUAGCCUUUCUGGUGUUUUAAGUUUGGAAAGGAACAGAAAAACAUGAUGACAUACAAAUAAACUUCUCAGCCACACAUGUGGAAAUAACCAUCCAAUAUACGUCUGAAAACAUGACUGUAAUGGGAUACUAAUAUUGACUAAUAUGAUGUUGGUGUGUAUAUUACUUUUAUUGGAAUACCAGUACUAGAAUUCCAAUGUUAAGAAGGGAAUUUGAAUUGAAUGUGUAGCUGAAGUCUAGGUAAAUAUGUCACAGGGAUAUGAAGUAUCUGUAGACAUACUUAAUAGCUCUUAGUGUUAGUUUAGCCUUGUUCUUCGCUUGUAACCUCUCAUGCAACCAGACUAAUAUGAGAUUGUAAGUUGCUUUAUAGCAAGCGGGCUGUUUAAUGUUUUCGGGAUUGAUGCUUGUACAUUGCUGCUUGAGUAUGUUUGUGUUUAUACAUGAAUAGCUUUGUGAACCUGUACCCUAUACUCGCUUGUGUAUGUAUGCAGUUGUGUCGUUCCCCUCUUUAUUGCUGAAUAUGCGUGUUCGUAAUAGUGUCAGUCCUCGCCAUUUUGCUAGCUUCAGUGUUGGUGUUGUUGUAUACGUUCCAAGUGAUUUUUUUUAGAUGGAUAACUUUGAACCUGGCUUUAUUUAGCUUGUUGUAGCAUUUGAUUUCGCCCGAACCAUGAUCCCUUUGAGCCAUCUCAGCGCUUUGCUUCCUACACGACUCCAGGCGGCCAUCGAUUAGCAUUAACACUGCUGUUACUACAGUGCCACUGUCGGUGCCUCUUUUCUGCGUUUCUUUACUGUCAUGCUGGGAACGGCACUAAGGGGGAGCCGGUUGAAAUGUGAAUUCACCACUUUUACCGAAUGUACUCAUUUUUAUCCACUAUUUUCCCGCAGUCAUAGGAAGGAUUUGAUGCUGCUCACUACAAAACAUUUAACACCAAAGAUGUAGCACCGAGGGAUCGUUUUUGCAUCUUUGUGUGUGUUGCUUUGUGUCCGUUGAAUGUUUUACUGGUACUAGAACUAAUUAAGAUGUAGCCUCUAAACUACCGCGAGACAAUUGUAUGUGAAGUUGUUUUGGCAUUGCAAAAAAGAAACCGUAACCCUUGAAGUACAGCUUUAAGUGUAAGUUUACUGAAGUAUAAUUAUAUUUUUCAGUUAAGACCAGUGGUUCUCAAAUUUUUUACUAAUAUCCCAGAGUAGGCCUACCCGAGGUAAAUUGAAUAAUGGUAGAUUUUAGGUUAUUUAUGCCUUUUCAUAUUGAUUAUUUUAUUCCUUUCAGCAUGUUGUUCACAUUUACUAUUAAAAUAUAAAUAAAUAUUAUAGAACUAUUAACACAUUUUUGGAAUAACAAAAACAAAAAUUGGUUUAAAAUGUGUAAGUCAAACGUAGAUAGGCCUACCACAUUUCAAGCGCUCUGCUAGAGGCACACAUAACUGGUUUAUCUGAUGAGGGACACAUUCAAAAAGAAAGGUUUGCGAAUCACUGGCUUUGACCAUGGCUUUUUCCCAUAUCUGUACGAAAAGUCAAAGUUACACUGUAUGACCCGUUAUCUGGAGAAGGUGCUUCUGAAAUGUCUCAUCUGUUGAAUGCUUCUACAUCUUAGCCACCCAGUCACCUGAACCUACAUGGGAAAUGGUUUGCUGUGUGGAAUUGAAGUCAUCUUUUACUGAGGUUAAAUGCACAGUUGAAAAUUACUGGCUGUAUUCAUCUGCACAAGGAAAUUUUGUAUGAGUGAAAUUUGUCAAGAGUGUUGAAGGGGAAUUUUUGUAGGUGUGUAUAGUGGCGAGCGGAAUAUAGAUGUAGAGAGUAAGGGUGUUGUGUGUUUUUACUAGUGAUUGGAUGCAGAGGGAACAGGUUUGUACAAAGUCUGCACCUUUCCUCCUUCAGUUGUAAAUUCCCAUUUAUGACUGUCGCAGAGGUCUGAGAGUGUCUGUUAAGUUGACAAACCUGAAGUUGCACUUGACGGUUGGUUUAUCCUGAGCACCAGGAUUUCACCGAGGACCAAAUGGAAACUGGCGUACCAGCAGAUGAUUGGCUGUUGUAAAAUCUGUAUGGUUAAGGGUUUUCUUAUAUAGAGUACUAAGAUGCAUUGGGGGUAGAAACUUUGCUGUUGGGGAUUUUCUCUCACUGUGUGGGUUGCUGCUGAAGCUUGAUCUGUAACCGAGGGGAGUGAGGACCUGAAGGACGGAGUAUGCCCUGGCUGCAUGCUCCAUACACCCGGAUCCAUAUUCGCACUUAAGUAAGCUGACACCUCACUACUGUCGCACAAAAUCAGUUUCUGAAUCUGUACUUCCACUUAGGUUCACUGCAUUCACCUGAAUACCACAGUUCUAUAUAAGGCUGUCGCUUUAUUGCUUGAGAGUUUUUCUACUGUUGCCUUUAUUAAAACUGUUUGCAAAUCCCCAAACUGGAAUCCCUCACAGCUGCUCCUAUCAGUGCCUGAAAACCCAAGUGUGGACUUCCUCACAAGAGCAAACGUGCACCUCAGAUCCGAAUUCUCCCUCGGAUGAUUUCAAAAAUCAGGAACGUGGAGUUUGAGAGGGCUGAUAGUGUGCAAAUAGUGUCUUACUACACUGCACUGACUAACUGCUUGCUGUUCCUGAUGGUCUGAAUGUCUGUAACAAUCAUGCUACUGUAACUCACUGGCAUUGUAUCGAGGAGAACAGUGAAUACAAUUAAACUUAAUAAAAUGGAAAAAAAAAAAGAA